AAUCUUUCAGAUUCCACUGCACAUUAUCGUUCAUAUUUUGCGCUUAAAUAUCGACUUGAUCCACAUGGACCUCACAGCUAUGUCAGUCGACAUACACUACUAUCACAUCAUCAAUAUCUACCGGCUGUUACCGUGGCAGCCCGUCAUGAUUAUCACACUUUACAGCAAAAUCCACGCCACCUAACAUCGGUGCCUUUACCAUACAGUUAUCACAGUAGUCGGUAUUUCCGUUUGGGUCAAGGCCUUUACGAACAACCUUCCUCUAAAGUUGAGGUAACCGUACAAAAUAUGAAAAAUAAACAAAAGGAAAAAGUUGAAGAAAUACUUAAAGAAGCCACCGCUGCGACAGCAGCUGCAAGUGAUAAUAAAAUGGUGGAGGCCACCCCAAAACCGGUUGCCAUUAAGAAACCUUUAAAGACCCGCAUUUGGGAAGAGAUUGUACAUUAUUAUCAUGGUUUCCGUUUGCUAUUUAUCGAUAUCAAUAUUUGUCGCAAAUUGCUGUGGCGUGUGCUGAAUGGCAAAACUUUGACCAGAAGAGAAAAUAAGCUUUUGGUGCGCACCACUUCUGAUGUGUUCCGCUUGAUACCAUUCUCGGUAUUUAUUAUAGUUCCUUUUAUGGAAUUGGCUCUGCCUUUGUUUAUAAAAUUUUUCCCCGGCAUGUUGCCAUCGACAUUCCAAACUAGCAAGGAAAGGGAGGAUAAACUAAAACAGGCUUUGCAAGUGCGUUUGGAAAUGGCCAAAUUCUUGCAAAAGACUUUGGAUGAAAUGACCGUGCAGCAUAAGGAGCACAAGAGUGAGGAAGCCAAACAGUUUGAAUUAUUCUUUCAAAAGAUCAGGGAUCCCAAUGAGCAGGUAUCCAAUGAUGACAUUAUAAAGUUUGCCAAACGCUUUGAAGAUGAAAUCACAUUGGAUUCUCUCAGCGGUGAGCAGUUGUCAGCCUUGUGUAGGGUUCUAGAGUUGAAUACAGUGGGUACAUCGAAUCUAUUAAGAUUCCAAUUACGUUUGAAAUUACGGUCGUUGGCUGCAGAUGAUCGUGUCAUAGAACGUGAGGGUGUUAAUUCCCUGGAUUUAUGGGAAUUACAACAGGCUUGCAAGGCUCGCGGCAUGCGUGCCUAUGGCCUAACUAAGGAACGUAUGCAAAAACAAUUGCAAGAAUGGAUUGACUUAUCGCUAAAUGAAAAAGUACCUCCCACUUUGCUUUUGCUCUCGAGAGCAAUAUCUAUUUCGGAUGAUUCCAUUACCACCGAUAAGCUUAAGGAAACCCUUAGAGUAUUACCCGAUUCGUUGGCCAAUCAAACUAAGGCCGCCAUUGGUGAACGUGAAGGCAAAAUCGAUAACAAAGUCAAACUGGAAAUUAUCAAAGAGGAAGUGCGCAAAAUCCAAGAAGAACGCGAAGAAGAAAGACAAGAAGCCAAAGCUAACGCCCAAAAGGAAGAAAUGCUCGACAAGGCUAAACUUAUUGAAGAUGUCAGUGCUGAGCUUAUAGAUCGCGCCAAGGAUGUAACAGAUCAAGUACCACCAUUGGAAAGAGUAAAACCCAUUGUCUCAACUGUUCUCACUGAAGCCCAAACCGCUAAGGUGGCUGAAACCGCUAAGGCUAAGGAUGAAGAAGAGAAAUCUAUUUCCUCCAAGGAUGUAGAACUCUUAUCGGAAGCCUUGAAAACUCUCUCCACCGAUAAGAAAAUGGUCGUCGAAAAGGAAACCAUCAAAGAUCUCAAAACUGAACUGGAAGAAUACAAAGAAGAUGUUGAAGAACUACGUGAAGUGCGUCAAGUUGUACAGGAGCCCGUCCAUGAAAGUCGUGCCGCCAAAAUGCUAUUCAAAAAGGUUAAUAGCAUGAUUGGUCAAUUGGACAAGGUGCUAACGGAUUUGGAAGAAAAACAAAACAAGGUUAAGGCUCAGGAUCUUAUUGGGGAGGAGCUGACCAAGGAGCAAGAGGAAGCCAAACGUCGUCAACAGGAUAUUGUGCAAAUCGAUGAAUUGGUGCAGACUAUUAAGAAAUUGAAACAAACGUCAGAUGAGUCAAGACUUAAACAAAUUGAAAAUGUUUUAAGUAAAUUGGAUGCUGACAAAGAUGGUGCCAUAUCUGUGGAUGAAGUGCUUAAGGUAAGUUUUGAAAUAAACUAGAAAGAAUUAUAAUCA